UAUACAGUAUACAGAUAGACGUAACCUGGCCAUACUUUGCUAAAGGCGAACAUCGUUUGUAAGAAGAAUUCAUACAAUCCUAACCCUAAAUUUUUGCUCUUAGAACUAGUCGACUUCAGUCCUGUCCUGGAAGACCAGUAUGCACUCGAGCAUGACGCGCAGGCGCAGUUCUUCUGCAAAAUGACGCAGCCCGACGCGAAAGCGACCUGGUACAAGGGCGAGGAGAAAAUAAGGCCGUCAGAAAAGUACCACAUUCUCGUGGACGGCUAUGAGCACACUCUUAUCAUCAAAGACAUCCGGCUGGAAGACGAGACGUCCUACUCUUGCGAGUCCAAACAUCGAAAAACUAAUGCGAAGCUGUUCGUCGAAGCUUUACUCGAGUUCUGUCCCGGCCUGGAAGACCAGUAUGCCAUAGAGUAUGACGCGCAGGCGCAGUUCUCCUGCAAAAUGACGCAACCCGAUGCCGAGGUGACCUGGUACAGGGGCGAUGACAAGAUAGAAAACUCCGACAAAUAUGAGAUCCUUCUAGAUGGCCAUGACCAUUAUCUUAUCAUCAAAGAUAUCCGGAUGGAAGACCACACGUCCUACUCGUGCGAGUCCAAACAUCGUAAAACUACAGCUAACCUGUUCGUCGAAGAACUAGUCGACUUCUGUCCAGGCCUGGAGGACCAGUAUGCGAUCGAAUAUGACGCGCAGGCGCAAUUCUCUUGCAAAAUGACGAAGCCCAAUGCCGAAGCGACCUGGUAUAAGGGCGAUCAGAAGUUAGAGAACUCCGACAAAUACGAAAUCACCGUGGACGGGCAAGACCACUCUCUUAUCAUCAAGGAUAUUCGGAUGGAUGACGACACAGUGUAUUCAUGCGAGUCCAAACAUCGCAAAACUUCAGCUUUGCUGUUCGUGGAAGCGCUAGUCGACUUCUGUCCCGGACUGGAAGACCAGUAUGCAAUCGAGUAUGACGAUCAGGCGCAGUUCACCUGCAAAAUGACGCAACCCGAUGCCGAGGCGACCUGGUACAGGGAUGAAGAGAAGAUAGAAAACUCCGAAAAAUACGAAAUCGUCGUGGACGGCUAUGACCACGCUCUUGUCGUCAAGGAUAUCCGCAUGGAAGACGAGACGUCCUACUCUUGCGCGUCCAAACAUCGCAAAACUACAGCGAAGAUGUUCGUGGAAGCGCUUGUCGACAUCUGCCCAGGCCUAGAAGACCAGUAUGCCAUUGAAAAAGACGCGCAGGCGCAGUUCUCCUGCAAAAUGACGCAGCCCGAUGCGAAGGCGACCUGGUACAGGGAAGAAGAGAAGAUAGAAAACUCCGAAAAAUACGAAAUCAUCGUGGACGGAUUUGACCACUCUCUUACCAUUAAAGAUAUCCAGCUUAAGGAUGAAACAUCGUACACUUGCGCGUCCAAACAUCGCGAGAGUACAGCAAAGCUGUUCGUCGAAGGUACCGAUAGAGGGCAAUAAUUUUCGCUUGCAAAUUCUUAGGCUUAUUUGUAAAUUUAAAGACGA